AUGGGAGAUCAGCAGCUAUACAAGACCAACCAUGUGGCCCACAGCAGUGAGAAUCUCUUCUACCAACAGCCCCCACUUGGCAUCCAUGGCAGCCUGAACCACAACUAUGGGAAUACAGUCACAGGGGGUGGGAUGGAUGCCCCUCAGGCUUCACCCAUCUCUCCCCACUUCCCUCAAGAUACUCGGGAUGGCCUGGGCUUACCUGUUGGUUCCAAAAACCUUGGCCCAGUGGAUACCUCAAGGCAAGGAGGGUGGGGAGGCCAUUCUGGCCCUGGAAACCAUGUCCAGCUACGUGGCAACCUGGCCAACUCCAAUAUGAUGUGGGGGGCACCAGCCCAGGCUGAGCCCACUGAUGGCUACCAGUACACCUACUCCCAGGCCAGUGAGAUUCGGACCCAGAAGCUCACUAGUGGUGUCCUGCACAAGCUGGACUCUUUCACCCAGGUGUUUGCCAACCAAAACUUGCGCAUUCAGGUCAACAAUAUGGCCCAGGUGCUGCAUGCCCAGUCAGCAGUGAUGGAUGGGACCCCCGACAGUGCCCUCCGCCAACUGCUCUCUCAGAAGCCGAUGGAGCCCCCGGCACCAGCUAUUCCUCCCCGCUACCAGCAGGUGCCCCAGCAGCCUCACCCUGGUUUCAGUGGCGGACUGUCCAAACCAACUCUUCAGGUUGGACAGCACCCUACCCAAGGGCAUCUUUAUUAUGACUACCAGCAACCACUGGCUCAGAUACCAGUGCAGGGGGGACAGCCACUGCAGGCCCCUCAGAUGCUAUCACAGCACAUGCAGCAGAUGCAGCAGCACCAGUAUUACCCACAGCAGCAGCAGCAGCAAGCUGGGCAACAGCGCAUCUCCAUGCAAGAAAUGCAACAGCAGCAGCAACAACAGAUUCGUCCAUCACAGCCUCAGCAGCCACAGCAGCCGCAACAGCUACAGCUGCAGCAGCGACAGGGUGCAAUGCACAUACCUCAGUGUUAUCAGCCCCAACCCAUGAUGCAGCACUUGCAAGAGCAGCAGCAGCAGCAACAGAUGCACCUGCAGCCCUCUUCUUAUCACAGGGACCCCCACCAGUAUACCCCAGAGCAGGCACACGCUGUCCAGCUGAUCCAGCUGGGCUCCAUGCCCCAGUACUACUACCAGGAGCCCCAGCAGCCCUACAGCCACCCCCUCUACCAGCAGAGCCACCUGCCUCAGCACCAGCAGCGUGAGGACAGUCAGCCGAAGACUUAUCCCAGUGACAGGCAGGCCCAGUCCCUGCUGAGCUCCCACGGGGACCUGGGGCCUCCUGAUACAGGAAUGGGGGACCCAACCAGCUCGGAUCUGAACCGGGUCAGCAGUACCCUUCCCCAUCGGCCACUCCUGUCCCCCAGUGGGAUCCACCUCAACAACAUGGGGCCUCAGCACCAGCAGCUAUCCCCCAGUGCCAUGUGGCCUCAGAUGCAUCUCCCUGAUGGCAGAGCCCAGCCAGAGUCCCCUGAGUCAAGUGGCCAAGCCAAAGGAGUGUUUGGGGACCAGUUUGAUGCCAAGAACAAGCUAACAUGCUCCAUCUGCCUGAAGGAGUUCAAAAGCCUGCCUGCCCUAAAUGGCCACAUGCGGUCCCAUGGGGGAAUGAGGGCCUCCCCCAGCCUCAAACAGGAGGAAGGAGAGAAGGCCACACCACCUCAGCCUCAGCCUCAGCCUCAGCCUCAGCCCCAGCCUCCACUGCCGCCUCCGCCUCCGCCUCCGCCUCCGCCUCCACCACCACCGCAGCUCCCUCCCGAGGCAGAUAGCCUCACGCCUGUGGUCAUGCCUGUGUCUGUCCCUGUCAAGCUUCUCCCGCCCAAGCCCAGCUCACAGGGGUUCGCCAACAGCGUCGCUGCUGCCCCCUCGACCAGAGACAAGCCAGCCAGCUCGGUGUCGGACGACGAGAUGCCCGUGCUCGUGAGGAUGACCCUCUCUCCCCCACACUCACCCCAAGGGGCUGCCCCCCGCACGCCUGCUGAAAUUCCCAGGAAGCAUCAGCCGUGCGUGACCAAAGCUGAGGAACCCCUCAAACCUGUGCAGGAGAAGAAAAAAUUCCGACACCGGCCAGAACCGCUCUUCAUCCCACCUCCGCCGUCCUACAACCUGAACUCCGCUUCCUCCUACUCGGGUGCCACCCUGUACCAGAGCCAGCUGCGCUCCCCACGCAUCCUCGGGGACCACCUGCUUUUGGACCCUGCCCACGAGUUGCCACCCUACACACCCCCACCCAUGCUGAGCCCAGUCCGCCAGGGCUCAGGGCUCUUCAGCAAUGUUCUCAUCUCCGGCCAUGGCCCUGGUGUCCACCCACAGCUGCCCCUCACACCCCUGACACCCACACCACGCGUGCUGCUUUGUCGCUCCAAUAGCAUCGAUGGCAGCAUCGUGACAGUCACCCCAGGCCCUGGGGAGCAGACCGUGGAUGUUGAACCACGCAUCAACAUUGGCUUAAGAUUCCAAGCAGAGAUCCCAGAACUCCAGGAUGCCUCUGCCCUGGCCCAGGACACACAUAAAGCCACGCUGGUAUGGAAGCCCUGGCCAGAGCUGGAAAACCACGACCUCCAGCAAAGAGUGGAUAAUCUCCUGAACUUAUGCUGUUCAAGCGCAUUGCCAGGUGGAGGGACCAAUUCUGAAUUUGCUUUGCACUCUCUCUUUGAGGCCAAAGGUGAUGUGAUGGCUGCUCUGGAAAUGCUGCUGCUGCGGAAGCCAGUCAGGUUAAAAUACCAUCCUUUAGCAAAUUACCACUAUGCCGGUUCGGACAAGUGGACUUCUCUAGAAAGAAAAUUGUUUAAUAAAGCACUAGCCACUUACAGCAAAGACUUUAUUUUUAUACAAAAGAUGGUGAAGUCUAAGACAGUGGCUCAGUGCGUGGAGUACUACUACACUUGGAAAAAAAUAAUGCGGUUAGGGCGGAAACAUCGGACACGCCUCACGGAGAUCAUAGACGAUUGUGUGACGAGUGAAGAGGAAGAAGAAGAGCUAGAGGAGGAGGAGGAGGACCUGGAAGAAGAUAGGAAAUCCACAAAAGAAGAGGAAGGUGAAGCCCCGAAGUCUCCAGAGCCGCCUCCGCCAGUCCCUGCCCUGGCCCCCACAGAGGGGCCACCCCUGCAGGCCGUCAGCCAGCCCUCAGGCUCCUUCAUCUGUGAAAUGCCCAACUGUGGAGCGGUGUUCAGCUCCCGGCAAGCACUGAAUGGCCAUGCUCGCAUCCACGGUGGCACCAACCAGGUGACCAAAGCCCGUGGUGGUGCUGUCCCCUCUGGGAAGCAGAAGCCUGGCAGCACCCAGAGUGGUUACUGCUCGGUGAAGAGCUCGCCCUCCCACAGCACCACCAGUGGUGAGACAGAUCCCACCACCAUCUUCCCCUGCAAGGAGUGCGGCAAGGUCUUCUUUAAGAUCAAAAGCCGAAAUGCACACAUGAAAACCCACAGGCAGCAGGAGGAACAGCAGAGGCAAAAGGCUCAGAAAGCAGCCUUUGCAGCUGAAAUGGCAGCCACCAUCGAGAGGACUACAGGGCCAGUGGGGGGGCCAGGGCUGCUGCCUCUGGACCAGCUGAGCUUGAUCAAACCCAUCAAGGACGUGGACAUCCUCGAUGACGACGUGGUCCAGCAGUUAGGAGGUGUCAUGGAAGAGGCUGAGGUCGUGGGUACCAGUCUCCUCUUGGAUGAUCAAGAUUCAGUUUUGCUUCAGGGUGACACAGAACUAUAAAGUCCCUUGUCAUUUAGAGACAGUGGAAACCACAGCUUCCAUCUUCAUUCAUCAGGAAACUUGGACUGCCUGCUUGCUUUGUAACCAUUUUAAACUACCUGUUUAAAAAGUGGUCAUUUUAUUCAGGUUUGGGGGGGAAAAUCCAAUUUCUUUUCCUUUUAUUUAAAAAAAGAAAAAAUUGUUUUGUUUAUGGGGGGAGUUGGGGGGAAUAAAUAAUUGGCACAA